CUCAACCGUUCCGAAGGAAACAUUAUUUUUGAGUAACUGCAACUUUUCAAGAGGCUAGACUUUCUACCAUUUUUAUUUAUUUUACUCGGAUAAGGAGGAACAAAAUGGAGCAUUUUAUAAUUGACAACAACAGCGUACCAUUGAUCGAUGUGGGUGAAAAGGAAAACAGGGUCCAAGGCGAUCAGUUGGAUUUUGUACAGAAGAAAAGUCCUCAUAUCAGUAGAUCGAGAACCACCAUGUCCACUGGAUCGAAUGAAUCAGCAUCUCCAUCGAGAAAAGCACACAAAUCCAAGUCACGGAUUCCCUACAAUCAAUUGCAUUCACGUCCAAGGAAAUAUAUAUCCGGAAAGCAAGAUUCUUUCAACGAGUACUCCAUAGCACCACUUCCGAAUGAGAAUUCUAUAUCCGAAAACGUCCUAGCUCCACUUCCGUAUAGGAAAUCCUUAUCCGAAAGCGUUUUAGCUCCACUUCCCAAUGGGAAACCCAUACCCGACAGUUCGGAAAAUAGUCAAGAAGGAAAACCUCAUAGCAAGCCUAUAAAUGCUAGAUAUCGCUCCAUAUCCGCAGAAAGCGUAUAUUUCAGGAACUUCGAAUUGAAAAAUGCAAGUAAGUGUAACGUGACUGCCGGUAUGUUCAUAGAUCCACUUCCGAACGGGAAAUCUAUAUCCGAAAACGUCCUAGCUCCACUUCCGAGUGGGAAAUCCGAAGGCACGGAAGAAAAAGCUAGAUAUAACUUCUUAUCCGCAGUUAGUGUAUAUAUCAGGGCCUUCGAAUCAACAAUAAGGGAAAGCCGUUUGGUAUUUUUCGUUAGUCGUAUUUCCAUGUCAAGUUUAGUGACUCUGGGUAUGUUCAGUAUGCUCUUUCUGAUUUGGGCCUGUGAUUUCGAAGAACCAAUUGUCAGGAUCAAAAAGGCAAUGGGCAAUGUCUUCAAUGAUCGUUUCCGUCCCAAACUAUAAUAUAUAUGAGUACAUUGUUGAACAAAUAAUCCAAAUUUAUAAUAUCUAUUUGUGGCAAAAAAAUAAAAGGAAAUAUUAUUCUGCGCUAAAAAUUAUAAUGUUGAAUCACCUCUCAUUUGGCAAUCCGUGGCAUUGUUCAAUCCAUUUUCGAAGCCAUAACAAAUGACACUUUUAAUCAUUGCAUAUUAACGGACUAAGCCCUGACCGAUACCCGCACUUCGUACCACUGAUUUAUGGCCCAGACAGCGACAUCCAACCAAAAAUAACCCAUUAACUAAAUCCGCAUUUAAUAAAUGCCAGCCAGCGGCAGCGAGAAGGUAACAAAAGGGUUAAGACUGCCGAGGGAUUGGGAUAGGGAUCCGCCAAGUUGGCAGUUACAAGUUCCAACUUACAAGACCGGCAAAUUAAUCACGCUGACGACUGCGACGUGGUUGAUGAUAUUGGUCGACUGAUGCUGACAUUGAGGAGCUGCCAGCCGCACCAGCCAUCAGUUAGCCAAGUAUCCCCAUCCCCAAGCCCAAUCCCCAUCCCCAACCCAGUGGAUACAGUGCCGAGCAUCCAAGUAUCCCACUGUGCCGGGGGCAUCAAUCUGCGGUCGAGUCUCAACUUUCGGGCAACGUGACACGUGUGGAAUGCAGCCAGAAAUCGGAAUCAGAAGCGUUGACAUGACAACUCGAGAUGCGGGGAUCGCGAUAAGGACAACCACUUUCUAUGGCACGAGCAUGGAAAACCUUUUUAGACCCAAGCAUUGCUUAACAAUUUUUCCAGCUUGAACUUUACACUACAAGAUGUUACCAUAGGAAAAACCCGAUAAUAUAUACCAAUAAUAAAAUAUAAAUUUGUAUAUGCA